GAAAAACCGCGACAGCUAGCCGAAGUUGGAUAAUUGUAUUUUAGUGACAUUACUUUGCCCCGUUUCUUUUCACGAAAAUCAAGCAAAUACAAUGAUUCAUUUUAAAGAUAAUAAAAACAAAUCAGCUCUUAGUACAAGAUGGGCACAAAUGUCGAAACAGGAACAAAUUAUAGAGAGGAAGAAAAUGGAGAUACAGGCCAAAUUGGAGGCCCAAAAGCAGGCUGCGGCGCUUGCCGCUCAAGCAAAACUAUCAAAUCCCACCCCAAAAGAUGACAAGGGCUCAGUCAACAUAUUCUCCAAUGAUGGCAGUUUCAUGAACCAAUUCAAGGCCUUGCUUGAAAAACAAAAGCAAGACAAGCAAGAGAAAGAAGAACAGGAUAAAAAUCAAAGUGAUGAAGAAUCAAAACCACAAGCUACACAUGAGAGCAAAGAACAGCCAUCUGGUGAUGAUACAUUUGAAAGGGAACAUUUUGGACAAGGCAUGGAUGAGAGACGCAAGUCUGGGGAUAGAGGACAAAGGCCAAAACAUCAUAGGUGGAAUGAAAGGGGUCGUCCUCGCCCCCACAGUCCUAUAACCCCAGUUGUGGAAGACAGGAAGAAACUUGGGGACAACAAAAAUCCUCAUAACAUCCCACCCCUUAUGCAAAUCCCUGUUAUGCCACCAAAUACUCAACCUAUGGAUUCUGAUCGUAACCAAUGGCUUCUAGGCUCAAAAUCUGAUGAAGAUCCUGAUUCCAGUAAUGAAAUGGGUCCUAAUAUGGGACCUGGACCUAUGGGACCAGGGCCGAUGCCUCCUGGUAUUAUGGGGCCCAGUCUAAUGGGACCUGGACCUGGACCUGGAAUGGGGCCAGGACCAAAUAUGGGUCCUGGUGCUAAUAUGGGACCUGGGCCUAAUAUGGGCCCAGGGCCAGGUAUGGGUCCUGGUCCCAAUAUGGGCCCGGGAGGUAAUGGACCAGGACCCAAUAUGGGACAUGGUCCAAAUAUGGGCCCAGGACCUAAUAUGGGUCCCCGACCAGGUAUGGGGCCAGGGCCAAUGAUGGGGCCUAGAGGGCCUAUGCCUCCUAUGCCUCCUGGUGGCCCCAUGCCUCCAUUUAUGGGUGGACCGCCCAAUUUUCCUAUGCCGCCUAAUUUCAUGGGUCCAAAUGGCCCAGGCCCCUGUGGUCCAAUGCCGCCUAACAUGUGUGGGCCCAACAUGGGACCUGGUGGCCCAGGUCCAAAUGGUCCUAUGCCUCCAUUCUUCGGUCCACCUUUUCCAAAUAUGAUGGGUCCAAAUGGUCCGCCUAAUUCAAUGAUGCCUCCGAAUUCUAUGAAUAACAAUAUGCCUUUCAUGGGCGGCCGUCCACCUUUUGGGCCGAAUGGUCCUCCAAACUUUGGUAAUGGUAAUGGUCCUCCAAUGCCACCAUUUAUGCCUCCUAAUUCCAUGCCUCCAAACAUGCACCACCCUGAUUCAAAAUCCAUGGAUGGUCCACCGAUGAAACCAGAUGGAAUGUCAUUACCUCCACCUAUGCCACUUGGACUUUUGGGGAAUCCUAAAGAUAUGGACAAUUCUGCACCACCUUUUAAACCAUCGCAAGUUCUCUCUGCAGAUGCGUUGCCGCCGUCAGUCCUGCGAGCCGCCACCGAAGUCGCCUGCAACGGCGACCACUGGGAAAAUGUCCUGAAAGCAAUUCACUCACAAGACCAAAAUUUGUGGUUCCUUCACAACACUAAUUCGAACGAGUAUAAGGCGUUUAGAGAUCUAGUUACUAAGAUCAGGUGUGAAAGAGGUGACAAGAAAGCUGAAGUGAAACCUGAGGACAAAUAUGAACCGGAGUUCAGUUUGGAAGAUGAUGAUAGUAAUGAUGAUUACAGAUUUAAUAAUAAAGAUGACAGUCGGGAUAGUACUAAAGAGGGUUUCGGCUUUGGUCAGUCCUACAAGAGGGAACAAGCAAGUUCUCAAAGUGAUGAGGAAUCUGACAGUAAGAGAGAAAGGAGAAAGAAGAAGAAAUCAAGGUGGAGUGAUGAUCCUCCUGCAGCUGAUAUUAAACCGCCGGGAGUUGUCGCUCCAUUACCAUCAAUGCUGCCAGGAGCAAAAUUAGCUAAAAUAGAUGAGGAAGGCAUAAAACUGUCUACAGUAAACCGCAACAAUCAGGCUUUGAUGCAGUAUGCUUUGACAAACUAUGGCACUACAAACCUCAGUGCUGAAGACUGGAAGAAAUGCGAGGAUAACUUCAAACUCAAUCUUUUAUACCAGGACAUGUUAAAGAAACGUCAAGAAGUGGAACGUCUGGCAGCUGCUGGCAAGUAUAAGUAUGAAUACGACAGUGAUGAGGACACAGCUGAAGGUACUUGGGAACACAAGUUAAGAGCUAAAGAAAUGAAUGCAACAGAGAAGUGGGCGGAUGAGCUAACAAAGCAGGCGGCUGGAAAACAUCACAUCGGCGAUUUCCUACCGCCAGAGGAACUCAGAAAGUUCAUGGAGAAAUAUUCUGCAUUCAAAAGUGGCAAGGAGCCAGAUUUGAGUGACUACAAAGAAUUCAAGUUAAAGGAAGACAAUGUCGGUUUCAAAAUGCUACAAAAACUGGGUUGGACGGAAGGACAGGGUCUAGGCGCUGAAGGCUCAGGCAUCGUUGAACCUAUUAACAAAGCCAAUCAGCCCGUAGCCAACCUCGGUUUGGGAGCUUCGACAUCGGACGUAGUUUCAGCAGAAGACGAUGAAUUCGACGCCUAUCGGAAACGAAUGAUGCUCGCCUACAGGUUUAGACCUAAUCCUUUGAAUAACCCGAGAAGACCGUACUAUUAAGAAGAAUUAUAUUAAUACAAUAAUGAGAAAAGAUAUUCCCGUAGUUAGACAACAAGCUUUUUGUUUAACAGUGACAAAUUUGUUCCUUAAAGUUUAUUGACGUUCUUAUUCCUUUUACAUACGGUUGCUAAUAUAAAUUGUGCUGCCAAAGUACUGUUUGUACGUCCUUUAAAAGAUUUUUCCAUGUAAAAUAAGGCGAUGAUAUGAGUAGCGAAAAAUAAAUUGGAAUAAUAUAAAAAAUAUGUGCAAUAUUUUUUAUGAUGAUAGGUAAGUUUUUUGGCCAUGAACCACCUUACCAACAUUGCUGUUUUAUCGAAAAUAACAUAUGUCUUGCGUAGUCGGUAACUCGUUUGCGCUGAAUGGGACUGGCUCUCAAAUUAAAUUAAAAAGUUGAUUGAGUUUUUCGCUACACGUAUCAUUAGGUGAAUAAAUGUUAAGUUAGUAUUUAAGUUCCUCAUUAACAAAACAGAGUCCAUAACAAAUAUGGUUUUUACUUAUGAAUUGCCUUGUUUAUAUAUUAAUAGUAUUUAAUUACUAUAUUUAUUGUUUUACAAAAACAGAUUUUAAUAUACAGAAUCUUUUACAUGAUUGUUCCCCCAUGAUAGAACAGUUUGUUCUCAACUUGACAUACUUUACUAAAAUAUCCACAACAAAAUAUUGCACUUACCAACAAUUUUAAGAAAUUGUAUGCCGUAAAAAAUUUAAUAAGUCAUUAAAUAAAUACUGCUUUACGACUUGCUCACAUAACUGUUACUGAAUGACUUGACAAGUUUCGAGCUCCGCACGGGGCUCAUAGUCACGAGUAACAUUACGAUAAAUAGCAUUGAACGACAGACGUGCAUAAAGUCGUAAAAUAUAAUUAAUAAAAGCAGUCAUUGAAUAUUAUUUAUAUACUAAGAUUUUAUAUUUUUUAAAACCGAAUUGUUUCAAGUAUAAAGGACCUAUAGGUACUUGGGUAAGCCAUUUCUGUAUGGCUAAAUGCCAGU